CCGUAGCCGAAAGGCUCCGCAGCCGGCGGGGCAUCGGCAGACGGGUCGGAGCGGGUCCGUCCGGGUUCACCGGCAGGAGUGGACAGGAGGUCGGCGCCCACUCAGCAUCCCGACGCCGAGGCGCGGGAAGUGACUCAGGGAACACGUUUGGAGCUUCACCAUGGGAGCUGUAGUAGCUGAUGACGGUCCAUCUGGUAUUAAAGCCCCUGAUGGAGGCUGGGGCUGGGCUGUCCUUUUUGGCUGUUUUAUCAUCACAGGAUUCUCCUAUGCCUUUCCUAAGGCAGUUAGUGUCUUCUUCAAAGAACUUAUCAGAGAAUUUGGCGUUGGAUAUAGUGACACUGCAUGGAUUUCCUCCAUCUUGCUGGCCAUGCUUUAUGGUACAGGUCCUCUCUGCAGUGUAUGUGUCAAUCGCUUUGGCUGUCGCCCUGUCAUGUUGGUGGGUGGCCUUUUUGCAUCAAUGGGGAUGGUCAUAGCCUCUUUCUGCACAAGCAUUGUUCAGAUCUAUCUAACUGCAGGUGUGAUUACCGGUUUGGGUCUGGCACUCAAUUUUCAGCCUUCGCUCAUCAUGUUAAACCGUUACUUUGACAAACGCCGUCCUUUAGCCAAUGGGCUAUCUGCUGCUGGGAGCCCAGUGUUCCUUUGUGCCCUCUCACCACUGGGGCAGAUCCUACAGCAUGAGUAUGGUUGGAGAGGAGGAUUCCUUAUACUGGGUGGGAUGCUGCUCAACUGCUGUGUAUGUGGAGCACUAAUGAGACCUUUGGAACCACCUAAAAAGUCUGAAGCUACCAAAGAACUUGAUGAGAAGAAAGCGAAGAAAAAGCUUCUGGAUUUCAGUGUAUUUAAGGAUGGUGGUUUUGUAAUCUACACACUAGCAGCCUCUAUCAUGGUGCUUGGCCUCUUUGUGCCCCCAGUUUUUGUUGUGAGCUAUGCCAAGGAUUUAGGGUAUCAAGACACAAAAGCAGCUUUUCUUCUGACUAUUCUGGGAUUCAUUGAUAUCUUUGCUCGGCCUAUUUGUGGAAUGGUAGCAGGUCUCAAGUGGGUUAGACCACGCUGUGUCUACCUCUUCAGUUUUGCUAUGAUUUUUAAUGGCUUUACAGAUCUUAUGGGUUCCAUGUCUGUUGACUACGGCGGCCUUGUGGUCUUUUGCAUUUUUUUUGGCAUUUCUUAUGGAAUGGUAGGUGCUCUUCAGUUUGAAGUUCUCAUGGCUAUAGUUGGUACUCAGAAGUUUUCCAGUGCUAUCGGUUUAGUUCUCCUGGCGGAAGCUAUGGCUGUUCUAAUUGGUCCACCAUCAGCAGGAAAACUCUUGGAUGCAACACAGAGGUACAUGUUUGUUUUUAUUAUUGCUGGAAUUGAAGUUACCACCUCAGCACUCGUGCUGGCUUUAGGAAAUUUCUUCUGCAUUAAGAAGAAAUUGGAAGAACCACAUACAAAAGAAGCAGCAGCAGAAAGAGAGGAAUUAAACAAAUCUGAAGACAAAACUCCUGAAGAUGCCAAGGUGGACUCCAUUGAAGUAGAACAGUUUCUGAAAGAUGAGCCCGAAAAAAAUGGGGAAGUUGUAACUAAUCCAGAAACAUGUGUGUGAACAUGACAAGAAACUGACAAAGCAUUUAGGAGAAAAAAAAAGUCCAAGAUUUUCAACAUUAUUUAUUUUAGAAAUAGAGCUAGUUUAGGUUUGAGCCAUCUGCUUCAUUAACUGAUGGCCAAACAGCUUAUCAGGAUUCUCUGGAAGCUGUUCUGUUAGACAGCCUUUUAUCAGAAAGUUAGCUUUAUCAGUAAAAGGUGAAGCAUUGUGGUUAUAAUUUUAACAUUUACUAUACAGAUUUUGUAAACACAAGUAGAGUCCUGCUAUGCAUCACCAGAGAAUUCUCACUUGGAAGAGAUAUAUAGGAAAAAUCUAUUUUAGGUAAAGUGAAACCAUAUGUAUGUUUUCAGACAGUAUGGGUGAAAUUGUUUUGUGCAGCUAAAUGUAAUUUCCCUUUCCGUGUUCUUUGUGAAGGGGAAAGAGUUUGAGAUGCAGAAAAAAUCUCAGGAAUAUACAGGUCUCCAUUAGGUAUUGAAUUUCUUACUUUUUUUAGAUUUUUAGAUUAAUUGGCUCAGCCCUCAUUUAAUUUUGAUAGUAUCUGUUCAUUUGAUUUAUGCAAAUGUAUUUCUAUGAGUUUUGUCUAAACCUGUGAUAUUUGUAAUUAUCAUCUGGAAACACUGUACACGGAAAAGAAGAUAUUAUUCUCAGCAGAUCACAUAAGUGGUAUUCCUAGGUAAUACCAAGACAAAAUAAAAUGAGUAGAAUUGAUUCUGACAGAUGAUAAGGCAAGCAAGGUUAGUUUAUAUUCACAUGCGCACAGUUUUCAGUAGUCUCCUGUAACCCAGAAAAAUAUUAAAAAUAACACUGAAAAGACAGAUACUAGGUUUAGUAGAAUUGUCUCAGUCUCCAUUUUGUAUAUAGAAAAUGGGAGAGGUUUCCAGAUCUCAUGCAAUGAGACAUACAAACGUUGGUUAACUUAGGAAAAAAGGACUGGGCUAUUUUGUAUUUUGAAUCAUGUUAAAGUUAAAAAUGCAAUGUUAGCAAUGUAGGAAGGUCCUAAAAUGUUGUACUUAUUUUUUUUUUAAUUUGCCCCACUUCCCUAUGCUUUUGCUUGGUCUAAAGAAGUUCAAGAUGCUAUUCUUGAUGCUUAAGAAAAGAGGAUGGAGCUGUUGAGCACAUUUAUGAUAGCAGUGUGUAAGGACCAAUCAAGAACGGGGUCUGCUUUGCUGCUCAUUGCACAAACAGAACAGGGAGUGUCUCCAGAAUCUUUAAAUCUUUUCCAGUAUUGGAUGGGUUAGGGCAAUAAAACAAGCAGAACAGAAUGCAGUGACAGCACAUUUGAAGAAAUGCAAAAAGGGAAAAUAUUAAUUGGGGAAACAUCAUCUCAACAGAAAAAGAAAGUAAAGAAAAUGAUCCUAUAUAUUCUGCUAGUCAUUCACUCAAACACAUUGAAGACAUUUAUAUAUUCUUUUGUAUGAAAUUAUGCUACAGCAAAUCAGCUUUCAGCUGUGUAUGUAAGAAGUUCUCUAGGCUUUGUGACUGCAGUAACAAUCUUCAACACAGACACAACUGUAACUGAUUUUUUUCACUGAUAAAUGCCAAAAUUCUUCCAUUUCUCUUAAUAACUGAAAACUAUGAAGCUCAAUAGUAUCCAUUCAGUAUAGUAUUUAGUUAUUUCAUAACUAAUCAUUUUAGCAGAAACAUACAGUAAAUGCAAGACAAGUGCCAAAACGUAAACCAUUCCCUAAUGCAUUCCCUAACCAGCUUCCAUUCUGAUAAUUUUUAAAAACUGGUUUUGCAUUGUUAAAAGAAAGGUUCUACAGAUGUUUAAACUUUAGGACUGUGAAGGUUUUUUCUUUGCCUGGUUUUAAAAUGAAAUGGAUGCUGUCCUUAAUAAAUUGCUUAUUUUUAUACUGUAUAGAUUACUUUAAAAUCUUAUUAAUUUAGCAUCAGGAAUUGCUCUGGCAUGUUCUAUUGGUAAGAACU